AUGAAUAGUACCACUCCGUCCCCCACCAAUAAUGGGGAUGUGGCGGUCGGCUAUGUGUUGGUGCCAUUCUUCCUCAUCACCAUCAUCGGAAUCGUUGUAGCCGUGAUCUUGUACAUUCGCAAAAAAAGAAGACUUGACAGACUCCGCCAUCAGCUGCUACCAAUUUACUCAUAUGACCCAUCUGAGGAGGUGAAUGAAGCUGAACAAGAGAUGCUUUGGCGAGAAGAGGAUACCAGAGUUGUUCAAGGUUGGGCAAAAAGUUAUCAACAACGACGCCCUCUUCUGACCAAAAAUGCUUGA